AUGAGUGAACAAAUGGAUGCAAGUAAUAAUAAUGAUGCUCCGGUUACGAAUGAAAAUUCCGAGGCGACUACAACGUUGACACUUAAAGUAACAACGAAGACACCAAAAGAUGAAAGGGAUAUCUUAAAAGAUGUAGCGGCCAAUGAGUUUACUACAUCCAAUGAUCAAAUGUGUAUGAUAUAUGCGGGUAAUAUUCUAAAAGACGAGGACGAUCUUAAAAAACAUGCUGAAAAUGAUACGACAAAUAAACAAGCUUCAUCGACAACUUGCAAUGAUUCAAUUGAAACAUUUCAAUUAGAUUUUUAUCGUGUUCAGUUACAAAAGAUGAAACUACCUGAUGAGACUUCUCAGCAAGGCCGAAACGCGUCAUGGUUGUUACUCUAA